AUGGAAAAUCACACAACCCCCGAUCAGAACGACAGUCUCGCCCACGUUGUGAAUUUGACGGAGAUGCCGCUGAACCCCGUCGAGGAGCAGGUCAUCACCAUACUGCUGACGACGGUCAUCUGCGGGGUCGGGAUAGCCGGGAACGUCAUGGUGGUGCUGGUGGUCCUCCGCACCAAGCACAUGGUGACCCCGACCAACUGCUACCUCGUCAGCCUGGCCAUAGCGGACCUCAUCGUGCUCCUGGCCGCCGGUUUACCCAACAUCUCCGACGCCGUGUCCUUCUGGAUAUACGGCUACACCGGCUGCCUGUGCAUAACCUACCUUCAGUACCUGGGCAUCAACGUGUCCUCUUGCUCCAUCACCGCGUUCACCAUCGAGCGCUACAUCGCCAUAUGCCACUCCAUCAAGGCCCAGUUCAUAUGCACCAUCUCCCGGGCCAAGAGGAUCAUCGCCGGCGUCUGGAUCUUCACCUCGCUGUACUGCAUCAUGUGGUUCUUUCUGGUGGACACGGACGAGACCGUCUACGCCAACGGCGUGGUGGUCACCUGUGGCUACCGGGUGUCCAGGAACCUCUACAUGCCCAUUUAUUUCCUGGACUUCACUUUGUUUUACGUGGUCCCCCUCGUCGUGGCCACCGCGCUGUACGGGCUCAUCGCCAGGAUUCUGUUCAUGAGCCCCCUGCCGUCGCAUCUGAGCGAGCGGGCCGGCGGAGGGGGCUUGGUCCACCGGGGGCAUUCGCACGGCCCCGUCACCUCCAACAAGGGCGCAGUCUCGGCACGAAAACAGGUCACAAAGAUGCUAGCUGUGGUGGUGGCCCUCUUCGCCCUGCUCUGGAUGCCGUACCGGACUCUGGUGGUGGUCAACUCGCUUACAGACCCACCUUACCACAACACCUGGUUCCUGCUCUUCUGCCGGAUGUGCAUCUACACCAACAGCGCCAUCAACCCCAUCGUGUACAACCUCAUGUCCCAGAAGUUUCGUUUGGCUUUCAAGAGGCUGUGCCGGUGCAAAGGGGAGCACAAGGAGAAGGUGACCAGCCAGCGAGCGGCGGUGUAUUACAGCGUCAUCAAGGACUCGUCCCACGAGAGCCACGAGACUGCGGCGGGGCCCAAAGAUGACCCGGACCACAGGAAGUUCGACUUCACAGAAAAUGACACGCGCACGGCGUUUAGCGUCGCCUGA